UGGUGCGUCACGAGGGAGUUCCUUAAAGGGGAAGUGAGCGGACUCCCGGCGGACGAGCGGGGAGGCGGUCGGCUGGGGACGCGCCCGGCGCUUCAAAAUAAUGCCCGCGGCGGACGCGCGACCAUGCAAUGGCGAGCGCUCGUCCUGGGGCUGGUGCUGCUGCGCCUCGGCCUCCACGCGGUGCUCUGGUUGGUCUUCGGGCUGGGGCCCAGCAUGGGUUUCUACCAGCGGUUUCCGCUCAGCUUCGGCUUCCAGCGCUUGAGGGACCCCGACGGCUCGGGGCCAGUUGGUCCGCCCGGAGGCCCGGCCUGGUUUCAUCGCCCAAGGCGCGGGACGGAGGGGCGGCUCGAGACCCCGCCAGAGCCAGGACCCGGGCCGGGACCGGGCGUGUGUGGCCCGGCGCACUGGGGCUAUGCUCUGGGCGGCGGUGGCUGCGGCCCGGACGAGUACGAGCGGCGCUACAGCGGCGCCUUCCCGCCGCAGCUGCGUGCCCAGAUGCGCGACCUGGCGCGGGGCAUGUUCGUCUUCGGCUAUGACAACUACAUGGCGCACGCCUUUCCGCAGGACGAGCUCAAUCCCAUCUACUGCCGCGGCCGGGGGCCUGACCGCGGAGACCCUUCCAAUCUGAACAUCAAUGACGUCCUAGGGAAUUACUCUCUGACUCUGGUCGAUGCCUUGGACACACUUGCAAUAAUGGGAAAUUCAUCCGAGUUCCAGAAGGCAGUCAAGUUAGUGAUCAACACUGUUUCAUUUGACAAAGAUUCCACAGUCCAAGUCUUUGAGGCUACAAUAAGGGUUCUGGGAAGCCUCCUUUCUGCUCACAGAAUAAUAACUGACUCCAAACAGCCCUUUGGUGACAUGACAAUUGAGGAUUAUGAUAAUGAAUUGUUGUACAUGGCCCAUGACCUGGCAGUGCGGCUCCUUCCAGCUUUUGAAAACACCAAGACCGGGAUCCCCUAUCCUCGGGUGAAUCUGAAGACGGGUGUUCCUCCUGACAGCAAUAAUGAGACCUGCACGGCGGGGGCUGGCUCUCUCCUGGUGGAAUUUGGGAUUCUGAGCCGGCUGCUCGGGGAUUCCACUUUUGAGUGGGUUGCCAGACGAGCUGUGAAAGCCCUCUGGAACCUUCGGAGCAACGAUACGGGGUUAUUAGGCAAUGUUGUGAACAUCCAGACAGGCCAUUGGGUUGGAAAGCAGAGUGGCUUGGGUGCUGGGCUGGAUUCCUUCUAUGAAUACCUCUUGAAAUCUUACAUUCUUUUUGGAGAAAAAGAAGAUCUAGAGAUGUUUAAUGCAGCAUAUCAGAGCAUCCAGAGCUACCUGCGAAGAGGCCGGGAAGCCUGCAAUGAAGGAGAAGGAGACCCACCACUCUACGUCAAUGUGAACAUGUUCAGUGGGCAGCUCAUGAACACCUGGAUUGACUCUCUGCAGGCUUUCUUCCCUGGACUGCAGGUUCUGAUAGGGGAUGUGGAAGAUGCCAUCUGCUUACAUGCCUUCUACUAUGCCAUAUGGAAACGGUACGGGGCCCUCCCUGAGCGCUAUAACUGGCAACUCCAGGCCCCUGAUGUUCUCUUCUACCCUCUGAGACCAGAGUUAGUGGAGUCCACAUAUCUCCUCUACCAGGCAACCAAGAAUCCCUUCUACCUCCAUGUAGGAAUGGACAUUCUGCAGAGUCUCGAAAAAUACACAAAAGUCAAGUGUGGGUAUGCUACGCUGCAUCACGUCAUAGACAAGUCUAAAGAAGACCGGAUGGAAAGCUUCUUUCUCAGCGAGACUUGCAAAUACUUGUAUCUGCUGUUUGAUGAAGAAAAUCCAGUACACAAAUCUGGAACCAGAUACAUGUUUACAACUGAGGGCCACAUUAUAUCUGUGGACAAACGUCUUCGGGAAUUGCCUUGGAAGGAAUUCUUCUCUGAAGAUGGGGAGCGGGACCAAGAGGAAAAGUUUGUGCACAGGCCUAAGUCUCAGGAGCUCAGAGUCAUUAACUCCAGUUCUAAUUGCAAUCGUGUUCCUGAUGAGAGGAGAUACUCCCUGCCCUUAAAGAGCAUCUACAUGCGCCAGAUUGACCAGAUGGUUGGCUUGAUUUGACCUGCUCACCUCAAUGUGGCCAGACCUUAAACCAAACCCAAGCAUACCAAAAUCUUCUCUGAGGUGGAAGCGGUGAAUGAAGUCUGUCCAUCUGUGACGCUGUAGAAGUUUCUGUCCAGCUCUUACUCACCUCUGGUUGAAUCUUGCACUUAGUGUUUUUUAGUGUUUCCCUUCUGUUUAAUAAAAUAACUCUAUUUUUUCUGAAGGAUAAACUUAGAAAUGGGAAGCUGCGUGGGGAGCUUCUUGUGAUAUAUAUGCUGAUGUUGUUAAGCACAAUGGAUACAACCUCUUUGGAUUAUUCUUCCCAUUUCACACAUAGAACCCCAGUCUCCUUGCUUUGCCCCCACUUGCUCUGCAGAAGUAUUGCUACCUCUUUGCUAGAGGAUCAGGAAUGCAAUUCCUGUGCAAAGGUCCUGAGGUUCACUUGGCAUCACCACUUACUGCAAUCAAAAUGUCAUCCCUUUUCUCUCCUAUGGGAUCAUUAGCUGUUCCCAAGAUAGCCAGCUGUGAUUUUGAAUCACAUGGGGGAAAUUCACCUGGUUUAUUUGCAUCUUAAAGUAAUUUAUUCAGUGUUACUUGUUUUAGUGUAAUGGUCUAGCAAGAAAUCUGACAGGCAGCCUUUAAAGUUAAGUUGAAAUCUAAGAGAUUAACAAACAGAUCUUAUAUACUGUAUUUAGCAUUUAUUUUGAACAUCACCUCACCUGAAGAACUCCCAUGGUUCCAGAAGCAGGUGCCUUCUAGGGAGAGGAAAACCCCUAGGAUUGUGAGCUUCCAUCCCUCGUGUUUCAUAACCAAGGAUGCACAGUGCUGACUGUCUUUGACUUAGACUUCUGAUGUUUUUUUUUUUUUUUUUUUUUUUUCUGUUUGUUUGUUUGUUUUGUUUUGUUCUGGUUUGGUUUUUUUGGCUAAUGUGUAGUGCCAAUUAGCUAAUCAGGGACAAAGAAAUAAUCAGAUGACUUUCUGACAUCCUUGAGCCAUUUCUCUGUGUGAUAAGGACUUUAGAUUAGUGCCUUAUGGGUUUUGUUGGGCCAUGGGCUGUCGCAACCACUGCUCCAGACAGCUCGUUUUAUAUUGCCAUGUGAUGGGACCAAUAAGGAACAGGGUGUGUGUGAGGAAGAUUCCUGGAAACCCGUUUGCCAGUCUUUGCCUUUUAACCUAUGAUUUUAGCACACAUAAAGGAGGAAAUCAUGAGAAAGUGCUUUUGUUGUUUCCUUAGGUGAAAUGGGAAGCUCUGCAAAUGGGAAGUUUGCACAAACGGUUCCUAAAGGCAGAGCUGGGCCUGCCCUGGCUUGGUGUCCUCGCACUGGGACAGGUCAAGGCAUCCUAGGCAAAGGGUAGGAAGUUUCUGAGAAAGCUGGUCCGACCUCACAUAUCUUAUGUCUUCCCUCUACACUGUUGAUAGAUACUUCAAAUUACUUCAUUCCAGUCUCCUAUAGCCAGGGAAAAAGCCGCAUCUGAAUCAUUGGAUUUUUAGUCAAAAGGGAGAAAUUAUAUUCUUUCUUCAAUAUGUGUUACUGUUUUGAAAAUAAAUAUAAUUCAGUUCCUUGGCUUGUUUAGAAAGGGGGUUUUAGUAGUGACUGUCAUCUUUUAAACACUUACUAUGCAAUUAGUUUUAUUUAUUUGUUAAGAGUAUUGAAUGUUUCUGUUUUUCUUUAUUUCACAAGCAUUGUUCUAUGUAUCCACAGUGUCUCAUCUACUGUAUAGAAAGCCAUCUUUGAGCAGAUUAUGUUUCACAUAUUUUUGUUAACUCAGUAAAAGUGUUAACCAUAUGCAUGCACAGGCCUUUGUGUGUACCCCUUUUUACCUUUGCUCCAGACACAUUCCUGUGUGACUGUGAGUGACCCACUAGGGACAGUGAAGACCUGUCUGGGAAGGGAGUGCUCCCCUCAGGCUCUCUUUACCAGCUUCCCAAUCUGUCCGGUUGGUUGGUUGGUUUGUUUGUUUUGUUUUGUUUUUUUUCAACAGCAGUGUAUAUCAGCACCUAGCAGUUCUCACUCAUCCGGGUUCUUCAUCUGUUGCUCUUGAUUAAGCUUGGGUUACUUCUUCCUGGGCUCUUGGAAUAGUGAUCUGAGUCUGGCAGUACCAUGGUGCCUUGAGUGCUACCAGCCGGCCUUGGGUACAGGCAAACGUGUGAUGUCUUUUAUUAAGUCUCAGACCCUCUUGACUUUUUGGGUAUUGGAUUUUUCACCUGUUGACAAGGUUGAGGGUAAGUAAGAUAAUGCCUGUAAAUCCUAUUAUUGAGCUUCUAGACUGCUCAGACCAAAGUCAGUGAUUGGUGGGGCUAGAUGAAGAACAUUGUCUACUGCCAGUCAUAUGAAGAACAUUAUUUGAGUCAAGUUUGAAGCUGACUUGCUUGCUUUUGUGGAUGUUAGCAGCUGCAAUGUACAUCUUACAACAUGUUUGCUCUUCCUUCCAAUCUGUGUGCUGAAAUAUGGGUAGAAAUGUUCUAACUCACUGCUUUGUUCCAGGAAUGACUGGAAUGUGAACAGAUAGUUUCACAGAUGUUUGUAACCAUACUAGUGUUCCCAGGAGUAGCCAGUAGUGUCCAGUUUGGCCAACAAGUUGCAAACUAUGUGGCAGACUGUCUUACGGUUAGGCGUGGUAGAGCCCCGUUCUACAACCAACAGGCUUGCCUUAGCUGUUCUAAAUACUGUGACAGGGCAACUCCAUUCUCCUGGCAGAGGAGAAUGACAAAGGAAUGUUUGGUGGCUUUCUGACUGCUUUGGUCACUGUGGAAAACAGGCUUGUUUUCCAAAGCCUCCUUUGAGUUUCUUGCUGCUCUUCUGCCAGAGCUUGCUUUGUGUAACAAGAAUUCUAUUCUGAUGUCUGGCUUUUCUUGUCUUGGGUUACUGAUUCUGCACAUGACAGUCAAAUAAUUUUCUGUGUGUUGAAGUGAAAGUAUGUGAGGGUAGUACCUGCCCAGAGGAGUACUGGAGAGCCUUUUUUUUUUUUUUUUUUUUUUUUUUUUUUUUUCUGGUUUUAAUAAAUGCAGUUGUCUCUAUCCUGUCUACCCCUUUCUCUCAAGAAAAAUACCCCUCUUACCCAUCUCUCCAGCAGCUCAGUGAGUGACUGCCCAUUGCAGUUCUUCACUUUGGAUUCUGUAGAUGCUACACUAGACGUCCCUUUUCUUCCUGGCUCUGAGGUCUUGUUUUCUUGACAUGGACAAACAUAAUGCUGGUCAGAGGGUAAGGUCACCUCAGGCACAGGCACAGAGUGACCGAGCUGGGACUUGAGAAGAAGGUGCUGAUCUUUGCUUUUCCGUUCCUAGCUGUCCAGCACCUACUCCAGUGCCUGUCCCCUGCAGGGCAGGGACCCCUGUGAAUUGGAGCUGGUGACAUGUGUGGGCGUGGUGGCCUCCGCUCAGCGGUGGGGCGCUCUUGAAUUUGGAUUUGAAUAUCCUAAAGAUAUCAAGUACCUGUGAAACUACUUCUCUGCUUUUCUCUUUCUGAAAGGUAAACAAAUAAUAUUUUUAAGGGUGUUUUGUUUUAGUGUUAAAUAGCAUUCCACAAGCUGCAUUUUUGUUAAUUACAUACAUGAAAAGUAAAUGUGUUUCUAUAAAAUAAAAAGUCUUGAGUUGGAAACUCUGGGACAGCUUACUGAGAUGCACAAAUGUUUCUCUCUCUGUGAUGUGCAAUAUGCUUGACAACCAUAGAUGAUAUUUCCUGUUUAAUCUGUAAAUAAGAACUGUACUUAAAUUAAACGAGAGAUUUUUGUAAAAGGACCAAAUGGUCUUUUAUAAAUGUACUAAGGAAUAUCUUGUUCUUUAAAAUUUAUUAGGAUUUUUAUGAAUAAUUUUUAUUAAAAGAUUCUUUUUUUUUUUU